CCUUCCAAAUUAUCCUAUUUUUGAUAAUUCCCCUUUAUUCUCCUCCUGAAUUUCGUCUUCAAACAGUUUGAAAAAACUUAUUUCAUAUCAAUCACUGAAUCCCCAAAAACUGACCCUUGACCCUUUUUCCCAAAACCCCCGGAUCACCGGCCUCCGCCAUGGGAACUCGCCGGAAAUUCCAGCGGCGGCUCCGGCCGGUUCAAUGCACUCGACAAUCACGAAGAAGUUAGAGGGGGGGCAAGGAAAAAAUGAAGUCUAGAUCCUGAAAAAGAAACAGGGUGUUCGAAAAUUGUUGAAAAUUCAAAGCUUUUUUUUUGGGGGGGGCGGCAAUGGCGGCUACGAACGCGUCUACUACAGCAGCAGCAACGGCAGCGGCUCCGGCAGUGGAGAGUGGGAGUUCCUCAGCUGAUGAGGUGACUGCUAAAGCCGUACAGAAGCGAUACGAAGGACUGGUAAUGGUACGGACGAAGGCUAUAAAGGGUAAAGGGGCUUGGUACUGGGCUCACCUCGAACCCAUCCUCGUCCAUAAUACUGACACUGGUUUGCCCAAAGCCGUUAAACUCAGGUGUUCUUUAUGCGACGCCGUUUUCUCCGCCUCAAACCCUUCUCGAACCGCCUCCGAGCAUCUCAAACGCGGCACUUGCCCCAAUUUCAACUCCCUCCCUAAACCCAUUUCCACUGUUUCCCCUUCUUCCUUUCUUCCUCCAACUCCCACUUCUCCACCGCCUCUUCACCAUUCCAAUAACCGCAAACGGACCUCCUCCGCUGUCGCCGCCUCUUCCGGCGACCGCGCCGGAGGUGGCGGGUCUUCUUACCAAGUCCCACCUCUUGCGAUUGUGGAUCCUUCACGGUUCUGUGGGGAACUGACGUAUUCACCGUCGGUGGGGGUGAGCGGUGGCGGCGGAGGUGGGGGCUUGUUGGGGCAGCAGCCGCAUUUGAUGCUGUCAGGGGGGAAGGAGGACUUGGGAGCUUUGGCUAUGUUGGAGGACAGUGUGAAGAAGUUAAAGAGUCCAAAAACUUCACCCGGGCCAACGCUGAGCAAGACGCAGAUUGAUUGUGCAAUUGAUUUUCUUGCCGAUUGGGUGUACGAAUCCGGUGGCUCUGUGUCGUUUUCGAGCUUGGAACAUCCUAAAUUCAGGGCAUUUCUUAACCAAGUUGGACUACCUGCAAUCUCUCGCCGGGAUUUUACAAAUUCCCGACUGAAUUCGAAGUUCGAGGACGCUAAAGCAGAGUCUGAAGUUAAGAUUCGAGAUGCUAUGUUUUUCCAGCUCGCCUCCGAUGGGUGGAAGGACAAAAACUACGCCGUUUUUGGCAUUGAUAAGCUUGUGAAUCUCACUGUGAAUCUCCCUAAUGGGACUAGCUUGUACCGGCGGGCUGUGUUCGUGAGUGGCUCUGUUCCUUCUUCUUAUGCUCAGGAAAUUUUGUGGGAAACCGUCGCUGAUAUCAGUGGGAAUGUUGUUCAACAGUGUGUUGGGAUUGUAGCAGACAAGUUCAAGGCUAAGGCAUUGAAGAAUUUGGAGAAUCAAAAUAACUGGAUGGUUAAUCUCUCUUGUCAGUUUCAGGGUUUUUCCAGUUUGGUUAAGGAUUUCAGCAAACAGCUCCCAUUGUUCAAUAGUGUCACUGAGCAUUGUAUGAAGCUGGCUAAUUUCGUUAAUUACAAGUCUCAGAUUCGUAAUUGUUUUCAUAAAGUUCAGCUGCAAGAGUACGGUAAUGCCAUGUUACUCCGCGUGCCACCCCGUAACCACGAGAAGCUCAACUUUGGGCCUGUCUUCACGUUAAUGGAAGACAUUCUCAGCUUCUCUCGAGCUCUGCAGCUGGUAGUACUUGAUGAGACCUGGAAAAUCGCUUCGGUGGACGACCCGAUAGCGAGAGAAGUUGCGGAGUUGAUUGGGGAUGUGGGAUUUUGGAAUGAAUUGGAGGCCGUUCACUCAUUGGUUAAAUUAAUAACAGACAUGGCUGUUGAGAUUGAGAAAGAGAGGCCACUAGUUGGGCAAUGCCUUCCAUUGUGGGAUCAACUGAGGGGGAAAGUCAAAGAUUGGUGUUCAAAAUUUCAGAUUGCUGAAGGUCCUGUUGAGAAAGUGAUUGAAAAGAGGUUCAAAAAGAACUACCACCCGGCUUGGGCUGCGUCGUUUAUCCUCGAUCCAUUGUAUUUGAUAAGGGACACAAGCGGGAAGUAUCUCCCACCAUUCAAAUGCCUGACUCCUGAUCAAGAGAAAGAUGUGGAUAAACUCAUAACCCGGCUCGUGUCGAGUGAGGAAGCUCACAUUGCAUUAAUGGAGCUUAUGAAAUGGAGGACAGAAGGGCUUGAUCCAGUUUAUGCAAGAGCUGUGCAAAUGAAAGAAAGAGACCCUAUAACUGGGAAGAUGAGAGUUGCUAAUCCACAAAGCAGUAGACUUGUUUGGGAAACUUAUCUUACAGAAUUCAAGUCCUUAGGCAAAGUUGCCGUGAGACUCAUAUUCCUUCAUGCCACUUCCUGUGGUUUCAAAUGCAAUUGGUCUUUGUUGAGAUGGUUGUCUUCUCAUACUCACCAAAAGGCUGGUAUGGAUAGGGCACAGAAGUUGAUAUUCAUUUCAGCACAUUCGAAGCUCGAACGGAGGGAUUUUUCCACCGAUGAAGACAAGGAUGCCGAGCUAUUCUCCCUAGCCAAUGUUAAAUUGAACGCGCUGCUUCAAACUGCUAUUCGACGUUGUUCGCUCCGUCUGUCCGUCCUAUCUUUUAUAUUCCUUAAACACAUUUGACAAAGAUAUCCUAGGACUUGAAAGACCACCUUAACACACACAAACGUGGUGGGUUGUUCGAUAAACUGAACGCCUAACGAUUUGAGUUGAAAAUUCUGGCGUUCGAAAAAGAAGGCACAACAAAAUGGAGAACUGUCGGGUUGCCGAGACGAAUGACGAGGUGCAAGGGAUAUGAUACGAGCAAGGAAAAGAGGAAAAGCAAAGGAAGAGGAGAAGAAAGGAGGAAGCUUUUUAGCUGGAGAAGCACUUAAGGGAGUGAUUUGUGUUAUACUAUUAGAAGCUCAGUCCAAAAUUGUCCUGUUUUUUUUGUGUAUUUGUGAAAGAGAGUGGAGACCCACCAUUGAAAGAAAGGAGUGGAAGUCAUUUUCUAAGCUUUUUGGGUUUGUGACUGUGAGUGAUGGAGAGACAAAAACCAGAGGGAUAAAGGGAAAAAAAAAAAAAAAAAAGAAAAGGAAAAGAAAAGAAAAGAGAAGGAGAGGAGUUUUGCCAUCAAAUCAAAGCCUUUGUUGGUAACUUCUCUUUUAAACAUUCUAAAAUCCUCAACUCAUGGACAUUUGUUUUCAUGUUGA